AUGAAACGAAGCGGAGAUCGACGCUCUCCCCGCGUUCUCGGUAAUAGAGGCCCGGCGUCUGGCGCACCUGAAAGAGAAGAUAAAGAGACGCGUCGACUGAUUCGGAAGAUCGACUUACGGCUUCUACCCACUCUCGCAGUCAUCUACGCCUUCGCACUUAUCGACCGUGUCAACCUUCCAAAUGCCCGCAUCGCCGGUAUGGACGAAGACCUCGGCCUCUCCAUCGGCGCCCGCUACUCCAUCCUCACCAUGAUCUUCUUCAUCCCCUACGUAAUCUUCCAGUUCCCCGCCAACAUUAUAAUCCGCAAGCUCGGCCCCGCGGUCUGGCUGCCCAGCCUGGUCGUUUGCUGGGGCGCAACGACCAUCGGGCUCGGCUUCGUGAGCGACUGGACGCAGGCGCUCGGGUGCCGCAUCAUCCUCGGCGUGCUGGAGGCCGGGUACUAUCCCGGCUGCGUGUUUCUGCUAAGCUGCUGGUACGUGAGGUUUGAGGUGCAGAAGCGGUUUUCGGCGUUUUAUCUGCUGGCGCUGUUGGCGUCGGGGCUGUCGAAUAUCUUGGCGUACGGGUUGAGUGAGAUGAAAGGCAUCCAGGGGCUAAACGGGUGGCAGUGGAUCUUCAUUAUCGAAGGUGCCAUAACCAUCGCCCUCGGCUUCCUCGGCUACAUCUUCAUCGUCGACUUCCCCGACAAAGCGACCCACCCCUCCCUCAUAACCCGGCGCCCCUUCCUCACCCUCCCCGAAGCCCGCCUCAUCCUCGCCCGCAUCCAGCGCGACCGCGGCGACGCCGUCGUCGACAAGCUCACACCCUCUCUCAUUCUCCGCCACCUCCGUGACUGGAAGAUCUGGGAGUUCGCCUGGCUCUACUUCCUUAACAACGUCGUCACCUACUCCUUCGGCUACUUUCUGCCCAUCAUCCUGCGCUCCGACAUGGGCCACAGUGUCGCGAUGAGCCAGAUCCUGAGUUUCCCGCCGUAUGUCGUGGCCGCGGUGUGGAUGUUCUCCACUGCGUACGUAGCAGACCGGUUCAGGAUGCGUGGGGCCAUCAUCAUCCUCAACUGUGCGACGGCCGUGGUGGGGGUGUGCAUGAUGGCGUUUCUGGACAACGCGGAUGCAAGAUAUGCGGGCGUGUUUUUGGGCGUCGCUGGCGCGAAUUCAAACGUGCCCAGUAUCCUGAGCUACAUGCACAAUAACAUUGUGGGGCAGAUGAAGAGGAGCGUGGCGAGUGCAUUGUUGAUUGGGGGCGGGGCGUGUGGGGGGAUUGCGGCGGCGAAUAUUUUCCGGCAGCAGGAUGCGCCGGCGUAUGUGCCGGCCAUGGCAACGGUGAUUGCGACACAGGUGCUGAGCAUAUUGCAUGUGCUCAAGAAUUUUGUGGUGUACUCGAGGGCGAAUCGACAAGCUGACAAGGGUGAGAGGGUACUGGAAGGGCAGGUGGGAUUUAGACAGACGCUGUAA